ACUUGCACGUACUGCACGUACAGCGACGGUGGCGUUUUUGCCCGAGCGUCACAGAAAUGUAUCGCAAAUGGACAGUGUGAUGGCAAACGGUUGAAACCACACAAGUAUUUCAACGUUCGCACCACCUCUCUGAACAUGUGUGCCACUCACACUCACAGAGCGUGUACAACAGUGCUGGCGACUUAGUGCGGCGAGUCUUAUGCGGAAUGAUACCGUCUGACAGGCACUCAGGGUCGGGGUCGGAAAUACUACCUGACCUGUCCAGUGUAGUCCUGUCCUGCUUGAUCGGCUGACAAGUGUCAGAGGAAAAGAGUGCUGAUUCCCGUCACCACUUUCAACAACGCUGCUGGCACCUAGCACCUCUGAGCAGCGAGAUUACCAACGACCAACAUUCUGCGAUGAUAUCAGCUGGCGACAAAGUAAGACGCUGAAAAAGGAACGGUGGUAUUCCUCAGCCCUGCAUAUUUCUGCAGAGCAGUUGAUGUGCGUGUUCCCGAGACCGGCUGUAACCAUCGCCCUACACGUCAUUGGAUACUGACUGAGUGUCAGCAGCAGCUGGCAGUGGUACAGCCACCGCACAAGCUGGUCACCAUCUGAUCACUGGGCAGUGCUGAGGAGGAGGAGCUCAAAGUGGGCACGUCGACAGGUUUUGAAGUCAUUCCGCAAGUGUCGCCUUGCUCGCAUAGAUCACACCGUGCACGCCAUUGCGACGUAUUUAUCUCAACACCUCCCUGCCAGCAGCGAGUGAGUUAUGCUACGCAAGCUGUCUGAAUAUAAGAGAUUGUUUGAAGGCUGGAAAAGAAAGCGUUGAGUUGGUAGUAGACGAGAGAUCAAGUCCGGGAGAUCACUAAUCCUGCCGGUUCUUUCAGAGAGACCGUUAUUGCUCUGAAAAGCGCAAGCAGAUUAUAUCCUUGGAGACGCUAUCCUUACCGGCUGCGUCGCAUACGGAGCAAGGAUGUCGUCUGUACCACGAGUCUGCUCGGCUGCAUUGGUCUUCAAAUGUUCCGUGUGGGUGUGCUGUCUGGGAAACGGAACGGGAAACGCGACGGUGGCUUCAAACGCAACAGUUGCGGGAAAUCAGACGAGGUCUACGGCGGUACCACCGACCCAACACGCACCACAUGCUGCGGAUGUCUGGUGGAUGGCUCUUUCGCCAACGUUUGUCGUCGCGAACGGCACUUCAGACGCGUAUCCGACCCGCUUUUCGCACUUUCCGUUUCGCUGCAAGGUCCGGGAGGGCGCUCCUCUUGAAUCGCACUCGCAAUGCUUGCGACGCGACGAACCGCUGUGGACGACGAUUCAGCGAGGUCGUACCGAGGGCAUAGCUCAGUGCAAGAAGGUCAUGAAGGACAACACGUGGAGCUGUGCAGUUGAGCAGAACAGCAGCAAAUUGUUCGGAGACGCCGUGCUCGCCGGGACGACACGGGAAGGGGCAUUCCUGCACGCUCUGAUGACGGCUUCUCUAAUUCAGAGCAUCGCGCGGUCGUGCGGCAAGGGCUACCUGGCAGACCGCUGUCCGUGCGGCCAAGAUGCCGGCGCAUCGUUCCACAACGGCCAGGCGCAGAACUGGGAAUGGGGAAACUGCUCCGUCAACAUGGUCUACGGUCGGAACCUGGUGCGGCGCCUGGCCAAUCCGCCCAACGCACGGCGCCAGAACCAGCUACGGCCUCGGCCGCUGAUGCAAGUUCUCAACAACGCCGCCGGAGAGUUGGCUCUGGAAUCGGUGCAGCGGAUCAGCUGUAGAUGCCACGGCGUGUCGUCGUCAUGCAUCAUGCGCACCUGCAUCAUGGUCACACCGGACCUGUCCACAACCGCACAGACGCUGGCCAAGAAGUACCGGCAAGCCAAGAAGGUGAUCGUGGCCCGCGGCUCGCCGGACCGACGGCCACUGCUGCAGCUGGCGCGUGCCGUCAAACAGCACGCCCGUCCCGCCAGGCAGCACGUCGGCCUCAACAUCUCGCUGUACCAGCUGCACUACACAAACGAGUCGCCAGACUUCUGCACGCCAGACCCGGUGCGGGGCAUACCGGGUACCCGCGGCGAAGUCUGCUCCAAGACCGUGGGCCACGAGCGCGAGUGCAACAAGCUGUGCUGCGGACGGGAGCCGCUGGACAGGAAGUACCGGCGGAGGCGCUGCUGCAAAUGGGGCAUCACCAUCGGCAGCGGCAAGGUCGGCUCGCGCUGCCGACGCUACUGCAUUUACGUGUACAAGUCCUACUACUGCGGCUAGCAGGCAGCAUGGCGUGCGUGGCAGCAGGCAGCAUGGCGUGCGUGCAUGCUUGCGUGUACCACGGCAGCAAGCUGGAUAAUACUCAACGUGUAUGCACACACAGCGUGCACGUGAGUGUCACCAGGGCUAGCAGACACGAGCAAGAACUCCGUACCAGCAGUGCAGAUCAUACCAUGCUGUGCGUGUCAACGACGAACAAACACUUGACAAAAGAAACCGAUGGGGCUCCCAGUACAAUGACUAGCCUGUCCACACUAUAUUAUUGAAGAUUAAUAUUGACUUGAGAAGAGAGAAGCAGUAGGACUAGAAGCAGCUGCGACUGCUCCUCCAAAAUGAUUUCUAUUUAAUUCAGUUGAGACACCAGGCCGAGCUAAGCCAAUCCUUGUUGAACACAGCACUGAAUGAUGAACUAAAUUCUAUUAUCUUGUGCAUUCCUAUUCCUAAUGCCCAUUCCCACCACCCUACUGUCCAGACCUACUCCAAAUUCACGGAGCCCCAGAGAAUUGUCCAAUCGAAUUUUAUUGCCAAAUGCCCACUAUAAUGACACUUUGACUGGCAAAGGAUGGCACCCUUGA